GUUCCGGUAUUACGGUAACUGAAAGGCUGCGGUGCCUCUGUGUCCGACAGACCGGUGUUUUACUGGAAGACGCCGAGCCGAACAGGUCUCGGAUGUUAUCCUCUCUGCCGAGACACGGACAUCACUUAAACUAGCCAGGUCCAACUUGGAAUAUUUAUCACUUGGCUUUUUCGAGAACCUCAGUUCCCACAUUGUGACAUUUUGGGGCAACAGAGAUUCCUUGGAUUCUUCUUGACUCAUCCUCCAAAGUUCCUGACCACAUAAAGAGAAAUUGAGAUUCCCAACCCCUUGCCCGGUCUUGCCAGCUGCUAUUUAGCAACAGCAUGGCAGACAGUCGACAACCAGAAGACACCACCCCCCAGUGGGACCCAUCAGGGGGGCAAGAACCUGGCGGCACCCAUGGAGCAAACAGCUACUCUUCAUCAGCCUACCGGACCUGCCAGCCUGGAGGGGCCCACAUGACCACCGCUCCUUACACUGCAAGGGAGAAUGGAUUUAAUGGCGAACUAGCUGGAGCUCCCGCUAUCACUGCAGAGCAAGUUUCGGCACGGAUUGUGCAGGAAGUGACGGCAGAGGCAGUGGCGGUGCUAAAGGGAGAACAGGAGACUCAGCGGCUGCCGUCAGUUGAAGAUACCACCAACUUGCCUCCCUCCCCUCCCCCUUCACCUGCAGCUGAACACUUUGGUCCCUUGGAGCAAGAUGAUGAUAGGAGUAUGGCAACGGAGCAGAUUGAGCUUUUACCCAAGGUGCCCAGUCCAGUUAAGAAACCCGCUGUCGUACAGAGUAGUCUGACAAAACAACGAAGUACAGAAAAACAAGAAAAAUCUGUCAAACCCAAAACUAAAGGAGGGCGAACUAGAGGACGCAUCUCCACGCCUGAACGCAAACCUGUUCGCAAAGAGCCCAUCUACAUACCCAGAGAAGAGAUCAAAAAGAAAAAAGCCAUCAUAAAGAAGACUGAGUUCAACAAAAAAGUGGAGACUCAGACUCUGUCUCCGUCCAAGCGGAGCGCCAUGAAGCCAGCAGUCCGUCACACUAGGCCGAUCCAGCAUCACUCCUGCCCAAGAAGGAGACCCACAGAAGCCCUUUCAGACAGUCGCCACCCUCUUAGUGUUGCCAGACAGUCUCGAGACAGAGCAUCAGAUGGUGGGUCACGGAGUCCAGCAAAGAGAUCAUCUGCACCACGUCAUGCCUCUAUUCUGGGUCGCCGUGGCUACCACGAACACGAGGAGAGUUCUACCUCCAUCACCAGCUCUGGAUCAACUGCUCCCCGCAGACCCACAUCAUUUCGCACUGAAAUGAGAGCAGAGCAUAGGAUAGGACGAGCCCCAAGCAUGACCGUUACAGAAUCGGUACGUUCCCGUUCAGCUCGCAGUGGGCACUCCACCCCUCGGACCCCAGGCUCAACAGCCAUCACCCCAGGAACCCCUCCCAGCUACUCGUCAUCUUCCAGAACCCCCGGGACCCCGCGCUCCCUCAGUUUGAUUUCCCAGGAGAGGAAAGUGGCAGUGGUCCGCACCCCACCAAAGUCACCCGCAACCACUCCCAAGCAGCUGCGCAUCAUCAACCAGCCACUGCCUGACUUCAAGAAUGUCAAGUCCAAGAUCGGGUCAACAGAGAAUAUCAAAUACCAGCCAAAAGGAGGACAGAUACAAAUACAGAACAAGAAGAUUGACCUGAGCCAUGUGACCUCCAAAUGUGGUUCUCUCGACAACAUUCAUCAUCGACCAGGUGGCGGUAAUGUGCGAAUAGAGAGUGUGAAGUUGGAUUUCAAAGACAAAGCUCAAGCCAAGGUGGGUUCACUGGAGAAUGCACAUCAUAUUCCUGGUGGAGGUCGCAUUAUGAUUGAGAGCCACAGGCUGACAUUUCGUGAGCAUGCAAAGGCCCGUGUUGACCAUGGAGCUGAGAUCAUGGUCCAGUCACCUGGUCUGUCAGGCUCAGUCUCUCCCCACCAUCAGAAGGAAAGCCACCUGUCGUCCUCUGGCAGUCUCAACAUAAUGGAUUCUCCACAGUUAGCAACCUUGGCCAAGGAUGUAAGUGAUGCCUUAGCCAAGCAGGGCUUGUGAACACUGGAUCUCUAGACUGCUGCUGUGCAUCCAAGACACUCUCACCUUUAAGAACUCUUCUGCUCUCUCUCGCCAUCAUGAAACAAAGUGGUUACCAUUGAUGCUCAGCACACAGAGGUCUCCUUAACAUCUUUAUCGCAACAUCCAUCACUAACUCUAAGCAGAGACUAGACUUAGAAGCUACUGUGUUUUGGUCUUCUAUUUUUAACCUUAAACAUGUGUUUUUUCUGAUUUGUUUUGUGGGUAUUCCUUUAUGUUUUGAACAAUGUUUUGCAUAGUUAGACUGGGCGUUUGCUCUAGAUUAAGUGGUAUAUCUGUCAACACUGGCUUUACUGGUCUUGGAUCAGCAUAUCGAAGAAGCGACAGCCUUUUUUUCUACUCUAAGCAACUAAAGACAUGGCCUGUACACCAUGCCACCCUUUUUGUUCUUGCUCAGCAAACAUGCAUGAUUGCCAGAUCCCCUAACAAUGAGCAUCUUUACUGUGAGUCAUUAUUGACUCAAUACAUGAUCUGUAAUAAUACAAUUAAAAAUAAUAAUAUAGAGAUCUCUAUAUGAUACAACCUCUUUCCCAUUCACAUGUUUCACAUUUUAAAAGGAAGCAAAAAUAUGGCUAUAAGAUAUUACUUUACAAUGGCAUAUAUGCAAGAACCACAUCAUGUUAUGACAAGCAUGUAUGAAUCAAAUAUGAAAAGAGGCUCUUUUGUAUUGAAGAAAAAAAAUAAAUUUUAGUAAAUAAUUUCCUCAUUUAUUGGAUAAAGAUAAACAAGUUCAUGUUUUGUAGUUAAUAGAUGUUUUACAGUGUAAUGCUUGGUGACGAUGUCCAAGACUGAUUUGGUGUUGCUGAGGGAUGCAUCUCCGUCUUGUCAAACAGCCUUACUCACUUAAACCUGCUCAGCAGAUCUAUAUAGACGCCUGCUUAAACACUUGGAGCUCAUUCCACAAAUAUCUGUCCCAGAAGGAAAUUCUUUGAGGAGUAACCAAUAAAGGUUGAUGUUUAAAGUUAAAAACGAUUGCAGUCUGAGCCACUGAAGAAUAGAUGCUACGGCAGAUGAUGCCACUUCUCCAAAAUGUAUGUAUGCGUGUGCGCGAAAGCAUAUAUGUGUGUGUGUAUGCAUUUGGUGCAGAUCCCAUGCUGUUUUAUGGAGGGACGCCGCUGUACUUGGGUUGUUUGUUGUGAUGUGUAGGGAGACGAAAUUGUUAAAGGUUAAAAACUUUUUAAAAGCCUUAAAUAAAAAAAAAAAAGAAAUACUCGUCAAAUGUCCACUGGGAGAAAGAACUCAGUCAGAUCCAUAUAUAUCUGUUUGGACAAAUGUUUGGGUGAUCUAGAUUUUUUUUGUUGUUUUUUUCUCCAGACACUGUUUGUGGUAUGACCCUCUUCCUGCCCAAUUACUGCCCGCAACUGCAACUGUUUGUUUGCUUCUGUGUUUAUUCUGCAUCCCCCAUCUCCGUGUGCCUCUCCCUCACCUCUUGCCCACCCUGCAGCAACUCUUAAUGUAUUUAAAAGGUCAAGUAGAUGUAUGCAGUUUUUCUCCUGUUGAUAUGACACCAAUUAUGAUAAUUAAUGACAAUAAAAAUAACAAAAAGUGA